AAAAAUGGCAGGCAUGACCCAACAGGUAAAACCAAGAAGAGAGAGACCUAAAAUACACUUAUUAAGCAAAGUCCUGAAAUAGGGUUAUUCAAGCGGUACAAGGUACUGUUUCAGAUCGAUCUUCUUACAUUGCUUAUGAGCUAUGAAGAUGUAUAUUCAUAUAGUAGAAUGAGUUCUAGAGAAUGAGUUCUAUAAGAAAUUUAAUGUAAAUUAAAGUCUCGAAAGCACUAUCUAUAUAUUACAUCGAAAUAUUUAUAGAUGUCUAAAAUUGAUGUGUUUUUCAUAUAAAUAUUGCCAUUUAAUGCACAUUUUACAUCAAAAUAAUUAAUAUGAACUCAAACUCUACAAUACCGCCGAGUAAUUUUUCAAUAAGAGUUGAAGCAGGAAAAAGCCGCAGAACUACUCAUGGCAUUGAGAUAUGGCACACGCACACAUAUUGUACAUUUUCCAUUUCUUAAACGCAUAACGCAUACCUGGCAGAAGGCGAAGUAGAGUCACGUAAAUCUGCCCAAAAAAAAGCUUUGUUUAUGCAAACGCCAGGGGGGUCAGUGCGAUGGUCUCUUUCGUUUCGCUACACUCACUUGCUGCUGCUAUCUGCAAGUAGGGGUGAAAGAGAUUAUAAUUAUUAUUGUUACUGUCACAUAGUCAAAGCAGUGGUAGCGAUUAAGGAACAUGACAAUUCGCCCAAAGAGCACGCAUAAUACAUCUGUCCAGGGAUCAUCUGUACCUUGGUGUGGUAUAUAAAGGUGUUGCCGUCAGUGAGAAAGGCAUACAGUUCCAGUUGAAUUGUGUACAGCAACUAGCUAGAGCAACAAUGAAUUCGUUUGCCCUUUCGGUUCUUGUGCUGGCGGUAGGAGCCAUCUCGGUGUCUGCCCGUCUGCAGCACUACGUCGUGGAGAAGAGCUUCAACCAGGCUCAGGCUGAGUGUGCCCUGUAUCAAGGUGUGCACGAUGAUGAUCUGCUCCGGUACGUGAAGGAAGGCUACCCCGAUGUGGAGGAGGUCCGUUGUUUGCUGCGUUGCGUCGCCUUCAACCUGCGAUUCUGGAACCACACUACCGGUCUGCAGAAGCACAUGAUCGCGGGACAUUUCGUGCCGUACCCGGAUGAUUAUCACAACGUCGAGCGCACGGACGCUUGUCUGGCCGAGCAGCUGUACACUUGCGACGAUGACCUCUGCACGCAGGUGUACAAGGCGUUCCAGUGCUACUACCAGCACUACGGUGCGCUGAGCGAGUGCCCGCAGUUUGUGGUCAACACCUACCUGGAGGAUAAGCAGGUCGUGAAGGAUUUGAGCGGAAUGUUGGCCUUGUCUCAGUCGACUCUGCAGAACCUGGCUGGUGGUUGCUUCCCGAGCGGCGAGGAAUCUCUGUGCUUCUUCUACGCUUUUGUGGUUCGCACUGGACUGUACACCGAGGAGGAUGGUGCAAACCUGGAGCGUCUGUACUACCAGUACAACGAGGAUGUAUUCAACCCGAACAAUGCCAAGACCGUCGCCUGUCUGCAGAACCAGAAAAAACUGGCCUGCAAGAAGACCACCUGCCAGCAGGCUUAUGACACGUUCCAGGCUUGCUUCGGUGAGUCCCAGGGUCUCGAGUACCUGGUCCACACCGUGUUCGUCGACGCUGCCAAGGACCUUCUGGGACAGCCCGUGUGCUACUGUACCAAGGGCAAAACCUGCUCGCUCCACGGAUGCUACGGCCGCUAAACCGGAAUAGAUGACAAACUGAUCAGCACGAUUUAAAUCACAAUAAAACAAAGCAUUUGACAAAUAACCAUGUGUAUUCGUUGUUGGUUUCACCACUUAAGGCAUAGAAUUUAUAGUGGAACUAUACUGAAAGUUCAAGUGAAACUAUAAUCAAGUUUUGGAGUCUCUAUAUCACGCUAGGACUCCUACUUGUAGCAAUCUAAGAUCUUCUUCUUUCUUGGCCUAACGACUUCUUAGGUCAUGCGUGCCAUAUCUGGCUCACUCGUCUUAUUGAUAACGCACAGUUGGAUAGUCAGUCCUCAUUAUGGAAGAACGGCUCAGAUGAGAUUUGAACCCCGGUCUUGCCGUGUGAAGACAUCUUAGCCCACAAGCUAAGGUCUUAACUUUUAUAGGCACCCGUAACAUCUGAAGAUGUUAUACUUAGCAGCUAUAAUUCGUGUCUCAAUAUUCGGCUCUCUUAUCAGGUUAGGCAGGCCUAACAAAUAUUAGACAGGUCUAGCUAUAGACCUCGCAAUAAACAAAACAACCAAUUCAAUCGAAUCUCAAUACUACCAGGACAUGCUCUAAGGUGAACUCGUCAGAAGUUGAGUAGUACAUAAUGCAGGCUGUUGGAUGGCCUUCAUCUUCUUUGGAACAACAAUCUCUAGGUCUCGGUCUGCCAUUUCUGGUUUCCUUGGGUUGAUUGUACCCGUGGGAAUGAUUAUCCCUGCAGACUGGAACAGACUUCACAUUCGAUACCAGCUGUUGCUAUGUGAUGGUUGGACCGUGGAACCAAUGCCUGACGGGAACCACGUACUACUAGGACUGUUAGGAAUCCUAUAUCACUACCAAUUUAGAACCCUCAUCUUCGGAAUUAUUAGACUAGUUAGAGGGGCGGUUCGGUGGCCGAGGCGAUAACGGCGCCGGUCUUCACAUGGCAGGACCGGGGUGCAAAUCGCAUCCAGCCCGCCUCCCCAUACGCAGCGCUGACUACUUUGCUACGGGUAAAAUAAAGUUACAGAAAGCCAAAAAUGGCAGGCCGAGACGUCUCGAGGUUGUGGUGCCAAGGAAGAAGAAGAAGAGAGGUUUUGCAGACUUGGAAUAAGUACACCACUGUUACAAGACGCGAGUUAGCAACGAGCGUCGGUAAUCGCUAAAUCAGCAUUGGGAGUGUCGUGUUGUAUCCAACGCGACGAGUUAUGCUGAUGCGGC